AUGAAAUUCACUAUCCUAGCGUUCGCGACCUUGUCGGCUCAGGCAGUUGCCCAAGCCUACAACGUCCAGUCCGACGGCUUCCGUCUCGUCUUGAAAUCACCAACCAACAACUCCGCCUAUAACGACCACGCACUCGGUCCUUGUCAUGUAGGCGCAGCUGAGGAAAGCCUGUGUCUGACAAACGACACGAUUAUCGAUCCACCUCGUUAUGCCACUACCUUCUACCACAACACAACCUCUCACAACCACGACAACCUCAAAAACGCAAACGAUACGGCAGGUGUCCUCAAUUGGCCCCUGAGAUUCAAUAACGGUGAGGGCAUUGCGUCUUCUGCCAUGGCCUUCCGGUAUUCCGCCACACCCUACCUGAUGAGUAUGAUCUUUGCACCUGGGAAGGCGAGUCAUCAGAACGUGUACUUUGAACAAAGAAACAGCAGCUACAGCACGAUGUACAUUAUCGUCAGUCUCAAUGGCACUGGUAGUACACCUGCCUUCUCCGUACCGGCAACCAAGGUCUCGAAUUGGUAUAUAUGUACCAAAUAUCUGAUGUGGAACAUGGGUCUGACUAUUGAGCCAUUGGAUUCGAACUGUUCAAAGGUUAGUGUUCAGAGUGUUUGGGCUUGA